CCCAAUGUAUUUCCACUAUACAUGAAGGCGAAGGGAACUAUGUCUAGCCCUUGUAGCAUUCGGAAUUUCUUUGUUAAUCAAAUCGGCACCUGUAUUGUGGAGAAGAAAUGGUGCAAUAGAUCAGUCAGAUAUGCCAAGGUGAACUUUGAAAGAAGAGAAGACCGGAAUGCCGUAUUUACUAAAUUCGGCAAGGUAGUGCAUAUUCAGCACCAGGAGUAUGAAGUCAGCGUAGAGAACUUUGACAAGAGUGCUACAACUGAAAAGCAGAGCAAACAAUCACAGAAUUCAAGAAAGCCUGAAACUACUGUGACUACUGGAUCUAGGUCUGGUCAUACCCCCAGGUCAGGCCCUAUUGUCCCCCUCAUGUCAGGCUCUGUUUCCGCCCCCAGAACAGAAGAUAGGGCCAACUCUAAUUUAGGGCAAAACACUCCAAAACUUGGUGGUGGUCCCAAUGCUG